UGUGAAACUGAACACAACAAAAGUAUGGAUAUGGGAAACCAACAUCCUGCUAUUAGUAGGCUUCAGGAAAUUCAGAAAGAAGUAAAAGGUGUAGAACAGCAAGUAAUUGGCUUCAGCGGUCUGUCAGAUGACAAGAACUACAAGAAACUCGAGCGGUUUCUAACAAAACAGCUUUUUGAAAUAGACUCUGUGGAUACCGAAGGAAAAGGAGACAUUCAGCAGGCUAGGAAGAGGGCUGCGCAGGAGACAGAGUGCCUUCUCAAGGAGUUGGAGCAGAAUGCAAACCACCCACACCGGCUGGAAAUACAGAACAUCUUCAAGGAAGCCCAGGCCCUGGUGAAAGAAAAGAUUGUCCCCUUCUACAGCGGGGGCAGUUGUAUAACCGAUGAGUUCGAGGAAGGGAUCCAGGACAUCAUUCUGAGGCUGACACACGUGAAAACCGGAGGGAAGGUCUCCUUGCGGAAAGCAAGGUAUCACACGCUAACCAAGAUCUGCGCAGUACAAGAGAUUAUCGAAGACUGCCUGCGGAAGCAGCCUUCCCUGCCACUCUCUGAGGAUAUCCAUCCUUCUGUCCCCAAGAUCAACUCUGUGAUGUGCGAGGUGAACAAGGCCAGGGGCACUCUGAUCGCACUGUUGACGGGAGUGGACAGUAAUGAGACCUUCAAGCACUUGUCAUGUGUGCUUUCGGGGCUGAUUGCCGAUCUGGAUGCUUUAGAUGUGUGCGGGCAUACAGAGAUCAGAAACUACCGGAGGGAGGUAGUUGAAGAUAUCAACAAAUUAUUGAAGUAUUUGGAUUUAGAAGAAGAAGCCGACACCACGCAUGCGUUUGACCUGAGACAGAACCAGUCCAUUCUUAAAAUAGAAAAGGUCCUCAAGAGGAUGAGAGAAAUAAAAAAUGAACUUCUCCAACCACAAAAUCCUUCAGAGUUGUACCUGAGCUCCAAAACAGAGCUGCAGGGUUUGAUUGGACAGCUGGAUGAGGUGAGUGUCGAGAAAAACCCCUGCAUCCGGGAAGCCAGGAGAAGAGCGGUGAUUGAAGUGCAGACGCUGAUCACCUACGUGGACCUGAAGGAGGCUCUGGAGAAGAGGAAGCUGUUCACCUGUGAGGAGCACCCCUCCCACAAGGCCGUCUGGAGCGUCCUUGGGCACCUGUCGGAGAUCCAGGGAGAAGUCCUCUCCUUUGAUGGAAAUCGGACUGACAAGAACUACAUCCGGCUGGAGGAGAUGCUGACCAAGCAGCUGCUGGCCCUGGACGCCGUGGACCCGCAGGGGGAGGAGAAGUGUAAGGCUGCCCGGAAACAGGCCGUGAAGCUCGCCCAGAACAUCCUCAGCUACCUCGACCUGAAAUCCGACGAGUGGGAGUACUAAACAUCAGAGCCGCGCCGACCUUGCUUGUGUUGCACUUUAUAUAUACUGCUUUGUGUUUAUAGAGAACUUUCAGUUCAUGGAGCCUAAAUAUGAUUUAUACAUGCAUAUUUCAAUCUCAGUAUUUAUGAUUUAAGCAAAUUAUAUUCAGUAUCUGCUGCUUUUGAUGUUGCAAAACGAAUAUCAUUACAGCACGUUAUAACUUUUACGUUUGGAUCAUUAUCCAUACGACGUGGUGUGGUUUGUUUAGUUUGCUUUUUGUGUAUGUGUGCUUAUCUUGUGUGGUUUUAAUCAAAACAUGGAAAAGAGACAGCACUUGUAACUUUUAAGUGGGUUGUGCAAGUAUUAAAUGCACUAAUUUCAGAAUCUAGAAAUAGACCCACCUUAUGUAACCCUGGAAAAUUAUGAGAAGGAAAACUUGGGGAGCGAAUAGGAGUAGAGUCCAAGCGCUGAAGUAGUGUGUGGAAAUUAUGUAAUUACACAUUAAAUAAAGCAGAAGCAAUCUCCCUUAUACAGCCUGAUAGGGGAUAAUGGGUGUUGGAGAGGGUUGUUUGGAUUGCCUGCUCUUUUAUAGACAUUUUUUCUUUUUGCAGUGGGGGGUGUAGGGAGUGCUUUUCCCAAUACCCUGAAUUCAGACAGGGAUCUUAGUUUUGUGUGCAACCCAAGAAAAUUAUGAAAACUAAUAGCCAAAACCCUAUUGAGACUGCACAGAAGGUGAUAAAACAUCAGCUGUUC